AUUCACUGUAAUGUUUAAUUAUACUAAAAUAUCGUUAAAUUCUUAAUGUAACAAUUUCUGCCUGUAAUUACGAUAUAAUUUGUUCGUUUAUAUCUAGUUUCAUUUACUCAAAUAUAUUUUUAUUGUGCAUUUAAUUCGUAAUAUCAGGGAAAAAAGAAAUGUUACAAGUUAUUUUAUUAUGUAUAAUUCUGAUGAGAGUAGUAGCAGUAAAAUACAGUGCUGGUAGCGCCAGUUGUUCAGAACUAUGAUAAACAAUCUCGGAAGAAGCAUAACAUCUUGUGUGAUUUCGUAGGAUAAUAAUUUUCGCCUAAAGUUAUUGACGCGCGAAUCAAAUUGCAGGGUGUCGACAAGUGCCAUACGAACAAGAAUAAAUUAAUAAAUAAUUGAAAUGGGUAGCACGGAUAAAGCUGUGAUCACGGGUUUUAUAUGCAGACUUUGCAGUAAGAUGAAUCGUUUCGUGAUCCAUAUAUACGGUGAAGAGGGUGAGAGAAUGAAACUUGCUGAAAAAAUAAAUGCUUAUCUUCCAAUUACGGUAAACAUGAAUGAUCCAUUACCUAAAACCGCAUGUCUACAUUGUAUUGAGCGGCUAGAAGCUCAUCAUGAAUUAAUGGAACAAUUUUUAUUAGCUAAACGAAGGUUAACUACACAGAAUAAAUCAUCAACAGUUGCAUCAACUUCUACACAAACUAUUGAUACUGCACCAACAUCUAGUCCACCUCCAUGUUGACAUAUAGAAUUAAAAGCAGAUUUUAUCGCUCAAUAUUAUUGAACAUUUUCUAUAUCUUAUUGGUAUUGUUAUUUUAGUAAUUUAUUACUAGAGAAACAAAAUUUUUUUUUUAAACGUUUUUUGUUAAACAAAAACGUAUAUACAUAAUUAAUUGAUUCAACAAUUUAUUAAAUUAUCUUUGAAAAUUUUCUUCUUAAAAUAUCUUAUAGAUGUUUUCGAUGUACAAACUUUAUUUUGUAUAAACUCAUUUUUUACAUCAGUUAUUAUAGAUAUUUUUUAUUGAUAUUAUAAUAUAAAAUAUAUAAAUAAUUAUAAUUUGUUUGUAUUUCAUAUCUUCAAAAAAACUGGAACAUUUUUUCUUGACUGCUGAUGAUCAAUAAUGAAGUCAAAAAUAUGUUUAUAUUAGUGAUAUUUCUGAUAAAUAUUUUUAGGCAUAUUUAACAAUGUUCAGAUUAUUGAAUUAAUUAAUAUUUUAUUUUAUGUAUUCUGUACAGUUUUUAUUAACAGAAAUUUUUAAACAUCUUUUAAUAAUCUAAGAUAAUAUUGCUUUUUUAACAGAUCUAUACUGUUGGUGUACAAAGAUAAAUAGAUAAAUAUAUCAAAGUAAUUUCUUAGAAUAUUAAAUGAUGUCUGAAUAUUACACAAUUGAAUGUAAAAAUAAGAAAUUUAGUUGAUAAAGUUUUUACUAGCAUUAUGUAUUAGAUACGCAAAACUGUCAAUAUUAAUGUACAUUAAAUUGAUCAUAUUUUCUUUGUUAUUAAAUAUGUCAACUUAUAUAUUUACAUAUAUAUACAUAUAUAUAUAUAUAUGUUAUAUAUAUGUGUGUAUAUAGUACAAAAUAUAACAAGAAUAUUUGCAUAAUUAUAUUAUAUUAACAUAUAUUAUUCCACAGAGUUUAAUCAAAUUUAAAUGUUUACCUCUAAGUUGCAAUAUAAUAAAUAAUUUAUAAAAAUUUUUAAAUAUAUAUAAUUUUAAUUAAUUACAGUACUUUGUAUUUUUAAAAACCAAAAGUCUUUAUUAGAAUGAUAUAAGGACAAAUGAUAUUACUAUAAUUUAUUAAGAUAAGAUUUAUUUCUUAACAAUAUCCGCUAACACAAAUGUUAUGUGGAACAAUAUUAUUGGUUGGCGACACAAUCCACAUUGUGCUUAUUAUAUUUAUUAUUUCACAUGUAGUUCAUGAUUUACAAAGAGAAAAUUUGUUUUCAGAAGACAAGGAUGCGUUCGUCACUCAAAUAUUAUUGUAAAACCAUAAACUUUGUUUUACUUUAUUUCACUUUUUUAUUUAAUGUCAUCAUUAUUGCAUAAGAAAAGACAAUAUAAAUUUGUUAUAUCUGUGAUAAAUAUAUAUAUAAUAGUCUAUCUAUAUAUGUAGCCAAUAUUUUCAAAUUAAUGACUGAUAAUCUGUAUAAUAGCAUUUUCUUAUAAAUAUUAUUGCCUAAAUGUAAGUGCAAAUAAUAAAAAUAAUGGUAAAUCAUGAUAAAAUAACAAAUGCAUGUAUUUAAGAUUUGUCUAGGACAAUAUGAAAUUCAUUCAUUAUUUUAUUUAUUCUAUAAAUAAAAGGAGAUCUAUUAAGUAAUAUUAUAUUCUAUAUAUAUCUAUAUAUAUAUAAUAUAUUUGCAAAAAAAAAAGUAUAAUAUGCCUAAAAAAACUUGAAAGAACUGUCCAUAACAAAAAAAAAAUAACAAUAUUAUUAAUAUUAACAUUUUAAUAUUACUGUUUACAAUUCUGCUAUCAAUUAUUUUGUAGUUUAUUAAACUGAAUUUUACAAUAUGUGUGUAUAUACACAUAUGUGUAUAUGUGUAUAUAUUUCUAUAUGUAUAUUUUACAAUGCUUUUAUAUUUAAAUACCUUAAACUAUUUUCAUUGUUAAUUCUAGUAGAAAUUACAUCCAAAAUGAAAUGUUUUUAUAUAGUUCUACUAGAAUAAUAGAGGACAACAUAUAAAUAAAACGUUCUUUGUUUUAACGCAAUUUGAUAAAAUGUAAAUAUUUUUGUAGGUAUUAA